AUGAACUCACGUAAAACUUCGAUAUCUCAGUUAAUGAACGAUAGUUCUGCUGCUACUUCUUCCUCGGACCAUCACCUCUCUUCAAAUUCUGGUCAUAGUCUGAGAAAUUUACUUUCUGAUGACGGCCCUGCCCAACAACACGCGUCUCUUCAACAACAACAAUACCACCCCAGUGCCAACAAUAAUAGUGGUUUAAGUAACGGUGUUUAUGGUGCUUACUCGAGCGAACAAGAAAGAAAUUAUUAUUCCCAUGUCCAGCAGCAGCAACCUCAACCUGUUCACAAUCAACCUCUCCCUUCGCUUGAACAAAACAAUCGUCCAUCAUUUAUAAAUAAUGAUGUUUCUGCCGAUGCAGACGAAGCUAGUAAAUCUUUAAUUCUUUUAUCACAACUUCCUCCUCAUUACGGUCUGUCGAGAGAUCAUUACUCUUCUAAAGAAAAUGGUCAACAGAUAUCUGAUGUCGAAUUGGCCGCUACUGCUAUUUCUUCUUUAUCGCAUUCCUCUGAUGAUACAAAAUCAAUUCAUCCUCAAAUAAAUGUGGGCGACGAAUCGACUUCUUCGGAUCCUGCUCAAUCUAUGCAAACCGUUCCUACAUCAACAGAUACAAUGCCAAGAUAUUACCAACAUCCUCAUGAUCCAUAUCCUGAUGAAACAAGAAAUGGUGAUAUACCUUCUCAUCAUCAUCCUAAUCACCAAUAUCAGACUCAAAAUCAACAAAAUAUUGAGUACACUUCUUAUAAUGCAAAUAAUAACGGUACUCCCAAGAAGUCAAAUAAACGUCCUUUGAAUGGUUCACCGCAUUUACCCAUAAAUACAAAAGUUUAUUCAUCGAAAAAAAGCCCGCAAAAACGAAGACCAUCUGAUCCGAACGAAACUUCUCAAAGGCCAAAAAUACAUCAUCGUUCUCCCGAGCAAAUUCCCUAUCCAUCCAGCGGUCAAAAGUAUUCCGAGUUACGCGAACAUCCAACCGAAGAUCAAAAACCGUCGAUUUAUUUGCCUCAACAAGAUUGGGAACACCAAAUGCCACCACAACAAUUUCAUCAAUCAAGAUCUUUGCAUAAUGGCCCACCGGCUGAUCAUUCUGUUCGUUUUCAACCAAAGAAUUGUGGAUCACCACCAAUGCCUGGUGAUAAAUCAAUGAACAUUAAGAAUCAUUUUAUAAUUCCUCAUCAAAAUGAAAGGCCUUUGAAAAAACCUUCUCCACCUCCAAUUAAUGCUCCAAAUGGUUAUGUUCCUGGUGUUGGUGUAGGCGGUAUGGUUGGCAAUCCGUCGCUUCAAGAUAACGGCAGCGAUAGGAAAGACUACAUUUCACCUCCAAACAAUAAUAUGAUACCUCCUAAUCGCUCUUCAAUAUUGUCUGAUAAUUCUCCGCCAAUGAACAGUGAAAAUGGACUUGUAAAUCCACCAAUGGUUCAUCAUCAUCAUCCAAUUAAUGGAACCGGUAUGCAUCCUCCCCGUGUGGAGCAUCCAGGGUAUCCUCCAUUGCAAUCGAAUAAUCCUGGAUAUAUACACCCUGAGGCGAAUCCUUCAAGCGUGCCAUCUCGUCGUGUUUCGGAUUCUACAAUGUAUUCACAACAUUCACAACCAAGUUCUUUGGUUCGUGGUUACCCUCCCCAUGGGCCUCCAGUUCCAGAAUCUCAACCACCGCAUGCUUCACAUCGACCGAUUGGUUCUCAUCAUACUUCUCCUAGUUUAUUACCUAAUAAUCAUAUUCAACAACAGAGUCAUUCUAUUAGGCAUAAUCAGUCUAUGCCAAAUAUUCAUCCUGAUCCUCAGCAUAGAACUCCACCGUCUCCUUUAUCUCGUCAAUCUUCAUAUAUAUCUCAACCUCUUCCUGCACAGGGACCUCCUUCUCAUUUAUAUAAUGACAAAUCUUCUCCCGUACCACCCCCACUAAUACCGCCGCAGUCCCCAGCGAUGAAUCAUUAUCAUAGUUCCCAACAAGGUUUAGUUUCGCAGCAGAAUGGGUCUCGCUUACCACCAGUAGGUUCUCAUCAUCAUAAUUCGCAACCUCCUGAACUUGUUGGUCCAUCAAAUAGUGAAAUUAUAAGGCAACCUUUAACAAGCUUUUUACGAGAUCCAAGAGAUCCAACUAGUGGAUAUGGUAGUGCUCAUCCUCAUAAUAUACAACCAAAUGGUGUGGGCCCCGUUGGUCCUCCAUCACAUGUAGGCCCUCCAUUAAGUAGUGGUCAAAGAAGUGGUCCUAACG